GAUAUAUAUUCUAACUGCCAACUUUAAAUCAUAGAAUUAAUAUUAUAAUGAUAAAUUAUCGUCAUUGCUCGGUGCAAGGGAAUACCACGACGUAGUUGUUAAAUGUGGCGCAGGAAUGUUAGUACCCUCUUUUCAGAAAUAGUUCGAUUGUUCUUUACAUUCUGAAUAGUAUGAACCAGAACAUUUGUGUUCCCAGACCGGUUCGCAUGCUAAAUUCCACCAUUCGUUACGGUUCCCUGUUUUUUAAAAGCUUGGGUACAUUUUUGUAUAAGCAAAAUUGUCAUGCGUUUGUGUACCGGGACCGUUUUGCAUGCUAAAUUCCACCAUUCGUUUUGGUACCCUAUUUUUUAAGUGCUUGGGUACGAUUUUGCAUAACCAAAAUUGCCAUGCGUUCGAGUACCCGGACCGAAAUGCAUAAGGUUACCGAAACGCAUAUGACACCGGCAGUCUCUAAAACAGCCGCUGCAUAUGAAGUCUAAUGUAACAUGUCGACAGAUUUUAUGCUCAAUAUUAACAAAUCAUCUAUAUUUAACUCCCCCCGUGUUUCCUUUUGCAUUAUUAGAGUUAGAUAUUGAAACAGUUUUUAGCGUCGUGGCUUUUUCUAUUUAAUAGCAUUUGAAAUUGUCUCAAUCUACACUUAAUUGAUAACAUAAUAUUGAAUACUAAUUAAGGAAAACAACCAAAAUUUUUUAGGAGUCUUACAGGUGGCUACAUAAAGUGAUAGAAGACAAAUCCAUUUUGAAUUUACGAUACAUAUUGAUUUUGUAUACUCUAACUGGUCAUAUGUUUGGUGUCAUCAACAGAAGAGGUGGCUUUGUGCACAGGUGAAAGGUAGUGAAAUUAUCACAAGCUCAAAGCAAUGGAAGAAGCAUUAAGGAUGUUUUUGGCGCUCAAUUCCUUGCUUUCAGUAAAUGGAAGAAUUCUACGUAUCCCGUGCAUGAUUGAUGCUGUAUUUGAUGUUGUUUUUUUUGACAAACGCUUACAAGGAAACGGUCUGGCUGUUUUCAACAGUAUUGAUGACCAAGGUUGCACGUUGAAAUGCGCAGAAAACCAUAAAUGUACAUCAUACAAUUAUCAAUGGAUGGACAAAACAUGUGAAAUUCAUCAAAAGCAUGUGCAACAGGAUAAUAGCACCGAUUUACUGGAUGCCAAUGGUUGGAUUUUCAAAACAACCAACUACAGUAACAAACUUAUUGGGCCAACGUGCAACAGCCUGAAGCCUUGCGAUCCGGAAGAUUUAUGUCUGGAUACAUGCAGCCCGCCUUUCUAUGAGUGCAUUCAUUGUCAAUCUCUUUAUCCUGAGCUCAAGUGUAUAAAGCAGGCAGACGUGGAUGCCUGUGCUAGCAACCCUUGUAAACAUGCUUCACAAUGCUUGAACAAAAGUUCGGAUUAUGAAUGCACGUGUCUUGAGGGAUAUACAGGGAAAAUUUGUGAUAUCGAUAUUGAUGAAUGUGCAAGUCUUCCAUGUUUUAAUGGUGGUACAUGCUCGAACCAGAUUGGGAAUUUCGUCUGCCAAUGUUUUCAAGGUUACACAGGGAUCCAUUGUGAACAAGAUAUCGACGAAUGCCUUGAUGGAGCACACCAAUGCCAUACAAAAGCAUAUUGCAAAAAUACCUUUGGCUCUCUCUAUUGCGAGUGCUGGGCAGGCUACAGUGGAGAUGGCAUCAAGUCGUGUAUUGAUGUGAAUGAAUGCCUAGUUUCCACACACAAUUGUCAUACCAAUGCAGAUUGUACAAACACUGAUGGUUCGUUCAACUGCAACUGUCAGACAGGCUACAGUGGAAAUGGUGUCACGUGUGCAGAUAUAAAUGAAUGUACAGAUGGAACACACAAUUGUCACGCAGAUGCACUGUGCACAAACACUGUGGGUUCCUUUUACUGCACUUGCAACGACGGAUAUGCUGGAAGUGGAAUCGCCUGCAGUGAUAUAGACGAAUGUACCACAGGAGUGCAUGGAUGUCCAUUAGGAACUCAAUGCAUUAACAAAGCUGGAAUGUUCAUUUGCACUGUUAACAUGGCAUACAAAAAACCAUCGCAACAGUCUUCAAUAGACCAUGACGGAGGCAUAGAUCUCGUAUCAGAGUUUGGAAACGAUGGAAACAGAAACGGAGCAUGGCAAGUAUGCGCAAUAACCUUAGACUCUAAGCCAUGGUGGCAAGUUGAUCUUGUUAAUCGUGUAAAUGUUGGGAUGGUUAUCAUUAGAAGUGGAACAACUUGGGAACAAUUAAAGAUCAAUCCAUUCAGCAUAAGUGUUGGUGAUGACAGCACGGAUGGUGGACGAUUAAAUCCAUUGUGCGUAUCAAAUCAGAACGUAGAAAGCGGGAAAAUGAAAGAAAUGCAUUGUGGGCAGCCCCUUUUAGGGAGAUACGUCAGUGUGUUUAUCGACAGGAAAGAGCAGCUUCAAGUCUGUGAACUAGAAGUUUAUGAAGUUAACAUGGCAUACAAAAAACCAUCGCAACAGUCUUCGCUACAUAUCUACAGCGGUAUAAAUCUCGUAUCAGAGUUUGGAAACGAUGGAAAUAGAGAUGGAGACUGGUCUGUAUGCGCAGUUACAACAACAUAUCCUCAGCCUUGGUGGCAAGUUGAUCUUGUUAAUCGUGUGCAUGUAGGAACGGUUAUCAUUAGAAGUGGAACAACUUGGGGACAGACAAAGAUCAAUCCAUUCAGCAUAAGUGUUGGUAAUGACAGCACGAAUGGUGGACGAUUAAAUCCAUUGUGCGUAUCAAAUCAGAACGUAGAAAGCGGGAAAAUGAAAGAAAUGCAUUGUGGGCAGCCCCUUUUAGGGAGAUACGUCAGUGUAUUUAUCGACAGAGGAGAGAAUCUUCAAGUCUGUGAACUGGAAGUUUAUCAAGCUAACAUGGCAUACAAAAAACCAUCGAAAAAGUCUUCGCAACAUAUCGUCUUUGGUAUAGAUCUCGUAUCAGAAUUUGGAAACGAUGGAAACAGAAACGGAGCAUGGGAAGUAUGUGCAUUUACAGCUACAUCUCCUCCCCCUUGGUGGCAAGUUGAUCUUGUUAAUCGUGUGCAUAUAGGGAUGGUUAUCAUUAGAAGUGGAACAACUUUUGGACAAUGGAAGAUCAAUCCAUUCAGCAUAAGUGUUGGUGAUGAUGAAACGAAUGGUGGACGAUCAAAUCCAUUGUGCGUAUCAGAUCAGACCGUAGUAAGUGGGGAAGUGAAAGAAAUGCAUUGUGGGCAACCCCUUUUAGGGAGAUACGUCAGUGUAUUUAUCGACAGAGAAGAGAAUCUUCAAGUCUGUGAACUGGAAGUUUAUCAAGGUGUUUCUUUGGCAAACAAAAUCUCAUGUGUGGAUUGGUACCGCGUUGGUGCAAAGAAUAACGGCAUUUAUGCUAUUAGUGACAAAACUGGCUUAAUUCAUCACGUCUACUGCGAUUUCAGUUCGGAACCUAAUUUCGUAUGGACUCUUGUCACUUCCUUCUCCUUGGCAAACAAUUACCUUUUCAAAAAUAAACCACUCUACGAAAACGAUCCAAUUUCCGAGUAUGAGCCUAACUGGAAUAGUUACAGACUUGGGUUCUCCGUUAUGGAUUAUGUAUCAUCAGUCUCGACGCAUUGGAGGGCUACAUGCAGUUACCCUGGAUAUGGUGUCGAUUAUCGAGAUUACGUGAGGGCAAAGCUUAGCGAGAUCAACCCCCUAACUUAUAAAGACAGUAUUUGCAAAUUGGUUGAACUUAUCAAUAUUCGAGGACACAAUGCAACUAAUCAGUGGGUUUCGUUCUGGCAAGAUACUGAAUUAUUCUUGCAUACUGAUUCAGACUUAAACCACUGUUUCUUAUUAGCCAAAGAGGGGUCUGUAGCAAGUGAAGACAAUUUUGGCUAUCAUGAAACUAUAAAUAAAGACUUCAGUUGCACAGAAGCUUCUACUAGCACGACACAGUACUGGUUUGGAGUGUCUGUCUAACCUUCAGGCCCAUGAAGACUAGAUCGAGACUAGAUCGAGGCAUGCAAACAAUGCAUAAACAACGGCCUAGCAUGCUUCUUUCCUUUCAAAGCAGAGAUCGACAGCCCAGUCAUUUUUCAAAGUUUUUUUCUCAAUUGUUUUAAUCUGACAUCUUUCUCCGUGGUUGUAUAUGUUGCGGUAUUUCACCUUUGAUUAUUUGCUUGUUCUUUUUAGGAAGAGAUAUUAUAUUGCCAGUCUUAAUGGUACGUACUUGUCCAUUCUGAAAAGUUUCCAUGCUGUUGAUGUGAUUUUAACAGUGAUUUGUAUAAAUGUUUUCUACUCAUAUAGCUUGUUCUUGUUUCUUCCAAUAAUUGGGGAAUGGUCUCCUUUAUGGAAAUUGUUUAAUUCUUUUUUCGUUUGCGAUGGUGAUGCAGUUGCAUGGAAGUGUGCUCUCUAAAGAGCGUUUAAAAGUUUCUGUUUCAUUUUCAUCGUUUCAUACUUAUUCUUCUUGAACAACUUUCAAUGUUAUUUCUUAACGCUGCUUGAGAUACCUGUUUCCUUCUGUCAAUUUUUUCAUCAUCACCUAGAAUUUCCUCUUCUCUGUAGCCUUAUAGCGCCAUUUUUUAACCUUUUUCCAGUUUUCUUUGUCUUUACUAUCACGUUUAAGUGCGUUGCAUUUUUUAUUUUGCAUCGAAAUUUCAAAAGAUUGGCACGCCUGAAAAUAGGAAGAAGGAAAGCCACCCCUCAAUCACGUCAAUUCUUUUGAAUGCAGUGUUAAAUAGCAAAGACGAAUAUGCAUCCCGGGGGGAAACGUUCCCCCAUUUCUUGGCAGAAUCAAUUUUGCAUUUUUAAUUCUGUGAUUCUAAAACUGUCUUUACGUAGCCAAGAGUUAGUCAUGAGCUAGACCUAAUUUAUGUAUGUUUUCCUGCCUUCUCCCUUCUCUCUCCACGAGCGUAAGAAAACGAUGCUUCUCUUUGUUGUAGCAUUCCUACUCUUGCUAUCAGAGCAACAGUGAAAGAGAUGGUCGAACAAAGGUGAAAAAGACUGACCCACUCUUUCAAUGACCCACUCUUUCACUGAGGCUCUGGUAGCUACUUAGGAAAAAGCAUCCGGCUUGUUUAGAUGUUACUGAAUUUUGGUUGUUGGACAAGAGUUUGGCCCCCAUGUGGCCCCUUCCCCUUGACUCCUAAGCAGUAUGUAUAUUACCCAGAAAAAUAAAUGUAAUAUUGUUUUAUCCCAUUUUCCACUGAUACUAAUUCCACGUAUAUUCAAACAGAGAUAAAAUUAGCAAACAAUAUUAAAGAAGACGGAGUAUUGAAUUACAGAAUUGUAAAUUUAAAUAUUUGUUACAAAGUCACAAAACAAAAGUUUUUCAUUAUUACUUCACAAGUUGCUUGAUUUGCUCGUAUUUUAAUUGCAUUAGUGUAAGUAGAAUAGUCUUGCCAUAUAAAAAGUUGGCCAUUAGAUUUUCUUUACAUAUCCUUAAGUUCGUCAGAUAUCGUUUUGGUAUUAAGUUAAGAAUCUCAUAAUUGAUUUACAAUGCCUGGAUAUUGAAGUUGAAAGACGUCUGCGGUAGCAGAAGCUAUGUUGUCUGAACUUUGAUUGACAUGAAAACAGUAUUAACAGAUCCAAAGUAGGAGAAGUUCUUUUCAUCGUAAAGAUAAAAAUUACAUUUUAAUACUGAAAUUACAUUUCAAGGAAGCUAAACAUUCUUAAUAAGCGUCUAACUACAAGUUGUUGCCUGAUAUAGCUGCAAAAUCUUCAGAUGCAGUCAUAUUAUUCGUUUCUCAUGAUCAGGUUUAUCCCUAUCCACAUUUCCAAUAGUAGAUUCCAUAACCAUGACUCUGACAGUCUAAUCUUUGAAACCCACCUUCGCCAAACUAUAGAAUAUCAUUCAACAACUGCAGCAAGCAACAAGAAACUUUGAGCAUAAAACCUGGUUUCCUAAUUGUAAUGGCAACCCCAAGUGUCUAAACCGAUCAAUCAAAUUUCGGUUGCAUUGAUCGUAUAUAUAGAAAAAGAUUUUUGCGGAUAACCCUCUAUCUUUUGUAUUUAGCGCAAAUGCUUCCAUACGGUCGGCUCGUGCAUCCGUGAUAAGAACUGUACAUCCGAUACGACACUAUUAAGAUUAGGCAUUAUCAUAUGAAAAUCUUUCAUAUUUGAGUCUUAGUUCCAUCAACCUGUAAUGGUAGACGGACUGUAUGGAGAUUUUGACCCAACCAGCCCCCCCCUCCCCCUUAGCUCCGAUACUGUGGGUACUACAUCUUGUUUUAAAACAUAGAAAAUAAAUAUAGAUGUUACAGGGCCCACGCCACGAAUUUCAAGGUGGAGGGGCCAAGUCUUAUAAAUUGAACUUGAAUUUAGUGCUUCAAAACAAAGCCUAUUUUAGAUUACCAAAAAAGCGAGGGGGCCAUUACCCCUCCGCACCCCCCACCCCCCAUCCCCACCCCUGGUGGUGUGGGCCUUGAUAAGGCUGAGCAUACAUGCUGGCCGCAAAAUAUUAAAUGUUUUUCUUAGCAUUUGCUCGAUAAUGAUUCAGAGUUAUUAGAUAUUGCAACAAUUAUCAACCUUAGGAAACUGUCUUUAAGUCUGACCGGUGCCAAGAAAGAAGCAAAUCAUUUAAAGCACCAAAAAUUUCAAAGCCCUUGGCAAAAACGGCAAAAAGUUCCAAAACCCCAUAAAAUAUGCAAAGUAGUUCAUACCCCCGCUUUUAAAACUUCUCAAAAAAUUGUUUUCGUUCUGUAGCUGUCCCUAUUUGAAGUUUAUUAUUCUACCAACAAAUUGAAUAUAUAGAAUAUUAUUGAACUCUAUUGACAUCGUACAUUGGAGACUUUUCUGCAAGAGGCAAAAGCCGUCAGAGCGGUCAGGCUUAUUGACAGCUCUCUUAACCAUAAAAUUUUAGCACACUUCGUAUCCCUUUCAUUUAUUUGACUUGUUCUAUUUAGUUUGUAGAAACACUGCUUGAAAUGUUUCACUGCAUUUUAUCAUAUAUCACCUAUCUAAAAGAUAAAGCAUAUUGAGUUUUUGAGAUGUUGCAAAGUUGUGAUCUAUUUCUUUUUCAUCUAAGACUGAUACAUGUUGCUAUUCAACAUGGGUGUGGGGGAGGCUCAACAUUUGGGGCGGUGGCUUUAGUAUGGAUUUUACCCGAAUGAUGUCGCUUGAUGGCUGCAGCACACACCCCCCACCCUAACUCCUAUUCUUCCUUUGCCUGUGCUAUUCAACUUUGAAAUUCACAUUCCAGUGCUAUUAUCUGAUCAAGAGGCAUAUUGUUUACCAAUCAUCAAAGCAGACUGUCUGACAAAAUGGCAGACUGUGAAAUCCUGAUCCUUGCAGCAAUGCUGCCAAGACUGAAUCAUUCUUAAACCAAUGGCUUUCAACAAUGUUUACUGCUCGAGAACCAAGACUUGCAUAGACAGAUAUCUCUGUUCUCUCUCCCUUCGGCCAAGCAGCCUGUUA